AUGUUGUCGCCUUUCUUCUCCCUUUUCAGCAUUCCAGCAAUAGCUUGGACUGCCGUCGCGGGAGAGCAUCGUUUGACCGAGUUCCUGCGCUCUGGACCCGAGCCAAAGGUCCAACUGCGCAAGGUUAAAGAAGCCAUCCACCAUCCACUCUACCGGUCGGACGGAUUCGAUUAUGAUAUCACCAUCUUGGAGUUGGUGGAUCCUUUUAUCUUCGACAAUUUGGUCCAGCCAAUUUGUCUGCCCGACGAAGAUGAGGAUUUCACCGGACAAGUGGCCACGGCAGCCGGUUUCGGCAAGACCGAUCUUGGCAAGUCACGAACUUGA